AUGAGCAAAGCCUACCCUCCCAAACUGAGGAAGUUUAUGGACAAGAAGUUAUCAUUGAAAUUAAACGGUGGCAAGCAUGUACAAGGAAUACUGUGGGGCUUUGAUCCCUUCAUGAACCUUGUGAUUGAUGAGUGUGUGGAGAUGGUAACCAGUGGGCAGCAGAACAACAUCGGCGUGGUGGCCAUCCGAGGAAACAGCAUCGUCUGUUAGAAGCCUUGGAAAGAGUCUGACCAGCGUUCAGCAGUGUGUCCACAUCCCUCCCAAAGGCCUGUUUGGUUGUGAUGUAGAGUUAGGUCGUGUACAUUUCAUAUGGAACUUUUUGCUAAAUAAACUUUUGUGAUACUCAAAAAAAAAAG